AUGGCAGGACGAGGCCUAGAAAAAUGCGGACUGCCAAUACCCGAUAGAAAUAAUAACAUACAAAGCAAUGAAUUUCUGCGGGAGAUGAAUUACAAUGCCAAAGACAUGGAAGCAUAUGUUGCUGCUAAUGAACCGCUAUUAAUUACAGAUCAAAGAGAGGCCUAUAAUAAAGUUCUGGAUAUGAUAAGCAAAGAUCAUGGAGGCAUCUGUUUCCUCGAUGCACCAGGAGGGACAGGCAAAACAUUUGUGAUCAACUUAAUUUUGGCAAAAGUUCGUCUACAAAAGAAGAUAGCAGUUGCAGUAGCAUCCUCUGGAAUCGCUUCAACUCUUUUAGAAGGUGGACGGACAGCACAUUCUACCUUUAAAUUGCCUUUAAACAUGGCCCAUGAAGAAUAUCCUGUAUGCAACAUUUCAAAAAGAUCAGGACAGGCAAAAGUCCUGCAAGAGUGCAGUGUAAUAAUUUGGGAUGAAUGUACAAUGUCUCACAAACAAGCUCUGGAAGCUCUAAACAGGACACUUCAAGAUUUGCGUGGAAAAAAAACCUUUAUGGGGGGAACUGUAGUUGUGUUGGCUGGAGAUUUUCGUCAGACACUCCCUGUUAUACCGAGGUCGACAUCAGCAGACGAACUCAAUGCAUGCUUAAAAGCAUCUGAUCUAUGGAGAUAUGUAACAAAAAUGUCAUUGACCACAAAUAUGCGAGUUUAUCUUCAAAAACAAACUUCAAUGAGAGAGUUUUCAGAGAAGCUCCUUGAGAUAGGUAAUGGUAAAAUACCAGCUGAAAAAGAAACUGGUCUAAUUACAUUACCUAAAGAAUUUUGCAAUGUUUUAAAGAAGGAAGAAGAACUAGCGGAAAAAGUUUAUCCAAACAUUGAACAAAAUUACAAGAAUCAUGAGUGGCUAUGUGAAAGAGCAAUUCUAGCACCAAAAAAUGAGAGCGUCAAAAAGAUCAAUGCACACAUACAAAAUUUACUUCCUGGAGAAAUCACAACCUAUAAAUCAAUUGACAGUGUGACAGAAGAAUCACAAGCAGUUCAAUACCCGACAGAAUUCCUUAACUCAUUGGAACCUGUAGGUAUGCCACCUCACAAUUUGCUCAUCAAAAAAGGCGCGCCAAUUAUGCUGCUGCGUAAUUUAGAUCCGCCAAGACUUUGCAAUGGAACCAGGCUUUGUAUUAAAAAUUUGUACACGCACAUCAUCGAGGCAACUAUUCUGACUGGCUGUGCUAAAGGGGUAGACGUCUUCAUACCAAGGAUUCCACUGAUUUCCAUAGAAAUGCCAUUGGAAUUCAAGCGUCUGCAAUUCCCUAUACGUUUAGCAUUUGCCAUGUCAAUCAACAAAGCGCAAGGACAAUCAUUGGCAGUGGCAGGAAUUAAUUUGAACGAACCUUGCUUUUCACACGGACAACUCUAUGUGGCCUGCUCAAGG